AUGAUUUCUCCAAAGUACGCCUUGUCACAUUACUAUUUCAAGGGAUUGACAAACCCACAUGUGGUCAACUUAUACUUGGACUACAACUGUCCAUUUUCGGCCAAAAUGUACUUCACGUUAUUCAAGACGAUUCCACAGGUCCAGAAAAAGCAUCCAGAUGUGUUCCAAUUUGUGUUUGUGAACGUGGUGCAGCCAUGGCAUCCACAAUCGGUGUUACUCAAUGAGUACGCGCUUGUGGUUGCCCAAUUGCUUCGCGAAAAGGCUCCCGAGAAAUCCAAUGAAUUGUUCUGGAACGUAUCGUACGAAUUGUUCGCCAACAAGGACAAGUUUUUCGACAGUGUGACCUCCAAUGUUGGCAGAAACGACUACUACAAGCUCAUCAACGACGUGGUGUUUGAUAAGCUCGAGCUUCCCAUUACCAAAACCGACGUCUUGGGCAAAUUAGAGAUUGCAGCCACAGACUUGGCCAAUGCCUCCAACGCUGGAAAUGCCGCCAUUGCGGACGUCAAGUACUUCACCCGGUACUUGAGAGGUGUGGGUGUUCACAUCACACCAACCGUGAGUGUCAAUGGCAUUGUUGCCGAUCUGUUGUCCAGCGCUAGCACAACCGAAGAGUUGAUCAAGGUAUUUGAGAGCUUCCAGUAA